AUGGCACAGGCAGCACCCGUUGGCACCGCACAAAAGGCAGCCCUCGACACCGCACGUGAGGGUCCCUAUAACAUCACAGUCCAGGGCGGUAUCAUGGGCGCCAUCCUCAUCGUCUUUGGUCUGAUUCUCUGCUUCUUCGGCGUCCGCUUCUUCCGCAUCACCAUGUUCUUGGUCGGCUUCUACUUCUUCGCUAAUAUCGCCUACGUCGGCAUGGCCAACGGCGGUGUAAGCUCCCACACUCUCCUCCUCGUUAUCUCGAUCGUCGUCGGUAUCUUUGGUGGUCUCCUCAUGGUCUGCUGCUCGCGUCUGGGCGUCGCUAUCCUCGGUGCCUUGGCCUUGUACACCUUGGGUCUCUGGAUCUUGGGCUGGAAGUCUGGCGGUGUGAUCACCUCGGGCGUUGGUCGCGGUAUCCUCCUCGGUGUUCUCGCUAUUGUCGGUUUCAUCCUCGGAUUCAUCCGCGAGAAAGAGAUGGUCAUCAUCGGUUCGGCCCUCCUCGGUGCCUACUCGUUCGUUGCCGGUGUUGAUUUCUUUGCCCACACUGGUUUCAUCCAGCAGACGAACUCGUUCAUCAACUCCAAGAGCAGUGUCGAUAACCGUGUUGGCAAUGUCACCGGUGCACAGUAUGCAUUGUUGGCGACCUUUAUUGUCCUGGCCCUCUUGGGCAUGGCUGUUCAGUUUCACUGGUGGGGUCGUCGCAACUUCCGCCCCGCUCGUGCUCCUGCCGGCAAUGUUGUUUACACCGAGAAGCCCAGCCGAUUCGGAGGCAUGUUCCGUCGUCGCAACUAA